AUGAGAAAAGGAGCAGCAGCUGUGAGGGCUAUUUGCGAACAAAUCACACUCGUGCAAGCUGAUGCACUGUAUAGUGCCCCCAAAGAACUUCAUACUAAGGCAUGGAUUUCCCUUCUCUCCUCUUUAUUACUGUGCUGUCAAGAAUACUUGAUCGACGAAGGAGAGCCGGCUUCAUUCAAAUUGAUCUGUAAGAUCUGUCGAAUCCUAGCUCUAAUCGCAUGCGAUGAGAAAUCAUCGGUUGGACGUGGUAUUUUACGGCAGGAGGAUGUCUUAGGAUUGUUGAAGGCUGCGCUCGAUGCCAGAGCCGCUGACUGGACAAUUCAGGUCGCUAGCAGAUUGGUAGCACAUCUAAGAGUGAUGCGGCAGAAUUCUUUGGCUCCUAAAAACCUUCUGGAGAAUCGCAAGGCAGCCCAGCGGGCAGAGAAUGGGGACGUGAUAUUAUACGUGGAUAAGUGGGGUUGGACACUAAAGUCGUUCGACGAUGAUGGAGUGGAGGAUGAUGUCGUGCUUGCAAACAAUCGUAUCUACUGCUGGAAGCGUGUUGUUGAAGAGAACAAAACGAUGGCCAGUACGUGUUCUCUCCCUCCCUACAUUCAUAUUGACAGAGAAGCUUUCACAGCCCUGCUGCGUCCGGAUUCUGCUAAACAAGUCGUCCGAGCAAUUCAAAUUCGAUGUCCAGAGGAGCAAGCUGAGGAGUUUGAGAAUAUUGUGAAGCUUCGUUUGGCAGGAAAGUCCGUCAUAUGUGGAGGUCUCAGACAACUUCCGCAUCGAAAGAGAUCGUCUCAAGGUGAAGCCGGUACGUUGGUCACCCCUCGAGCCAAGGCUUACGGUUCAGCUACCCCUCUCCCGGCGAACGCUUCACAGGUAUCAGUUUCAAACAAAGCGCCUGAGCGAGCCAACAUGUCCUCUAUCCAGUCGGCGAGCCAACGCCUGCUAGGAGACGAUCAUACAAAUCUGUCGUCGCCCACGGUUGUAAUCAAGAAAAGGGAUUCUCGCCAACGGUCACACACUCCCGCACCUUCUUCCUUCCGCGGACGUUCCCAAAGUCAGGCAGAAUUGGAAGCACAACGUGCGUCUAAUGCUCUAGAUGACGAAGAGCUCUCAUCGAUGUCUGAUGUAGGCGACACGUCUUCUCCUACCUCGCAUGCCUCCGUAGGUUCGCGGGAUCCUCAGGAGAUAUCCAACCCUCCCCAAGCAAAUCAAGCUGUCCCCAGCGGUCCAGAGGUCCCACCGACUUUCGUACCAAAUCGACGUUCUAAAGUCCAGCCAAGCUCACCCUCCAUUUCUUCAGAUAAACCUGUUACUCGAUCUCGCCCUCCGUCGGCACGCCGUACGAAAGGGCCUCUACCAGUAAUCAAGGAAGUUAUGAUAGCCAAAGAUCGUAGCCCUUCUGCAGUCGAUGAGCCACAAGCUGUGGAUCAGAACCGAGUGGUCCAAGUCCCUUCGACCGCUAUGAGCGCUGACAGUAUCCACACGGCAGAUACAGCAAUCGCUGUCGAGGCGUCGAGAGUCAAGGACGAUGAUCCGCCGGCCAGAGCGGCGGAGAACAUCAACGAGGAGGAGCUUGAAGAUACGGAUGGGACUGUCGUAGAGACUCCCCUACCUAUUCCCUCCCAGCGACUUCCCCAAGUGCUGAUCACAGCUACUGCCCGAUCAAAUCGAACAUAUAAGAAAGCGCCUAGCAAGGGCCCAUCGACCCGCGAAAGCGAAACAGAGACGGAUGGAUCUGCGACUGAGGGACAAGUAGUAGUAGCUUCCGAUAGUGAAGAGGAAAGCCCAGAAUGGACUCCCAGGAGACGCUCUCCGCCUCGGAAAGGUUUCAAACCUUUACUCCCUCGAGACGUCUCAAUGAAGGUGGCUCCUAAGCCUAAAAAGGAGCUACCAAAGAAAUCGUCCGCGGCUUCCACUGCUCAUGGGAAACGUCCAGACAAACGUCAAGCUGCAAAUACCUCGAAGCAGUCCGUAGUGGAUUCCCACGUCCACCCAGCGACUACCGACGGGCAGUCUUCGGAGGACAAUUCGUCACAUGACGGCGAGACGACCGACCGGCUCAUCGACAAAUCAAAGGCAGGUAGUGCCUCUCAGCGGAAAAGCAGACCAUCUUUAUUGGAGCGAGGUCGUCCCGAUAAUGAGAUACCAUUACCAGCCUCGAGACCAGCGUCCAUCACGACAAAAUCUCGACGGGUCAAAGACGUCAAUGUUGGUGAUACAGGACACUCGACUCAUGUCACUCAUGGACCAGUCGUACAUCCUCCACCUACCCCAGCAGACGAUCAAGUAGAAGACACCCCCACUAUCUUCAGCAAGCCUCGAAUGCAAGAGGUCGAAGACAGCACAUCCAACGACAAUAGUGAAGCGCAAUCGGCAACUAGCGGUCGCAAGGGACCUGGACGGCCUUCAAUCGCGGUAAUGAAGGAAGAUGGUGAGAAAGAAUCGUCCCCGAUCUCCGAACCCACCACCGAUAUUGGGGUUCUCCCAGAUUUCGUAGACGAGGAUACGGGUCCUUCCUCACCUAAGUCCACACGUAUCGGUAACAAAAGAUCUAAAGAAGCUUCGCCCUACGCGGAAAGCAGCGAGCAAGAGGAACAACACUCUCCCCAAAGGUCCAAAAAACGGCGCGUCACUCUUCAGGACCGCAGGACGAAAGCUGUCCGACCUGUUGUGGAGCUUCGAACUCGUCAACCGCCGAAGUCGAAACCAGUCGCGCUUGCAGCCUCGAACUCGUCCCGGAAAGCCGGUCCAAACUCGAAGUCCAGAGAAGUACCAAUUCUCGAUCUGGCAUCGCCAACUCCGGUGGAACGAUCUCCCCAGCCCACACUUGAACCAGUGACACAGUACCAUGCGGAAAUAUCUGCUCCUGUACAUGAAGCAUCUGAAAUCGUGGCUGUGGUCAUACGGAAGGAAACAACGAUACCGUCUUUACCUUCAUCUCCGGUAGAAAUCCCUCUGGGAGAAAGUACACCGAUUUUCCACCCAGUCUUGACCACUCCAGAUGUUGAAAAGCCAUCGACCUACAAGAAAUCUGCCUCUAGUAAGGACACCAAAAUCUCUAAGAAGUCUCAGCUGCCUCGUCGUCAGUCUGCAGAUGAAGUCGAUGACGUUGGACAGGUGCUUCACCAGAUUGCUGAUUUCAUGUCGGAACAGCUUCGACGCAGGUCGAUGAGACUGCCGGUGAAGAAUGCAGCUGUCAGAGCUCAAUUGGCGCAGUUGGAGCUACAACACGUCAAUGAGGUUUUAGCUCAAAUACAUCCGAUCCACAAGCAUAUCUGGGCGUUGAUAUCUUCCCCGCAUGCUAUGGUCGAGGAAAUUAAACAAGAUUGUGCUCGCUUGCCAACCACUUUUGCAGAGCUGCAGAAAGUAUCAGCGAGUUGUGAAAAGAGCAUCAAACAGACUUUCAAAUUUACGAUUCCGGUAUUGUUCGAGGGAUUCCAUGAUAAGUUGAAUGUCAGCCAAUCCUAUGAAGUAUGCGAUGUGAAUAUAUCAGUACGAGUGAAGGAGAAUGAGAGGGAGUUGUAUAGGCGUCAAGGAUGGUAUUCCGAGGCAAGCGACACGCAUCGAAGCACAGCGGCAUCCCGUCAAUUACUGGUCCUCGCUCGUAAAUGUAUACGGUAG